UGCAUUGUGGGUCCCUGAAAUUGAUCCAGUAAAUUGGAGAUGGCGCUGCGUACAGUGUGAGUGAGUUAGCAGCCAAAGUUUGGAGAGCACGGGAAAGUUAGCUGGAGAAGCGAUCUGGGAUACGCAUUGCAAAUAUUUCCAGCAAUAAAUGAAAUUUGGACGCUGCUAUCCAGAGGACAAGAACAGAAAUAGAUUAAAACAUUCCCUGUCAUAACUUGCGAAUUGUACUCGUCUGGAAAACGCAGUUGCUUUGAUAAAUCCUGUCAGUGAUUGCUGCUACAUGGGUUAAAUUAAGAAUGUGCAUUUUUAAUGCAAUACCUUAGGGCUGCUGCGGGACAUUUGUGCACAUUUUUUGUAAAACGGCAUUAACUAUAUUUAAAAUGAAAUAUCGACUAGGAAAACACCUCCGAUUUGAAUGAAAAAAUGAACGACCCCCGAGUUGAUAAAGACUUUACACCGAUCUCCAGAAAACACCGACUCAUGGCCGCAGUUCUGCCCGGCGAAGAGAGUGCUUUGCCCGGUAGCAGUUCCAGAUCAGACCGUAAUGGCACUGCGAUAGUUUAUUGCUUCGUUUGUGGUGGGGGUGUUACGUCUGGAAAAGAACUGAAGCUUCGAGUUAAUUAUCAGAGAGAGAACUUUCCGUUUUUCCCGUUUUUGCAGCACCAGGAGCCAGCGCCGGGGGCUGAAGAAGUGACUCCCGAUGGAUGUGUCACAGUAUGCGCCGUGUGUCAGUGUUUUCUCGGGGAGCAGUGGAACUCCUUUGAAAGGACCAGGACCCCUAUAGAAAAACGAAUGUACUGGCUGAAAAGACCCUACCAGUGUGACUCAAGAAGGAUUCCCCAGGAAUGGAACACCUCCUACGACCUGGAGAGAAGGAUGAGCGUGAGUAGCCAAAAUUUUGACGCACAUGAUUCGGAUUUUUCAUCUCUUUCUGAUAACGAGAAUAUGUCCGAUCAAGAGCUUGAUUUUGUUGACAGACCAGUUAUGCAUAAAGAAAAGUGCACCAGAAUCCCCACUAGCAACACAACUUCUAAAGAAGAAAUUACAAAAUAUAACGACAUAAAAAGUUGCCAUGAUUCGCAGAUGGGAACCCGGUACCUUGUUGGUGGUUAUGCCGCCCAGGGCGCACAGAAAUCGGAUCUUGCUCUUCAGCCUGUCCGCUCUGUGCAAAGUAUGAAUCACGCAGCUCAGUCGUCCGUAUCGCUGGCUCAGUUCCAGGAAUUCCUUCCACAGCGGUCCUAUGACACCCCUUCUACCGAGACACCUGUGCAAGACAACGGAAUCAUUAUACGCAACAAGCAGUGGAUACCAGAGGAGAAUGCCAAGCAUCCAGACUCACGCCAGCAUACUGUCUAUAGCAGCUGUAGUACUCGGGAUCCCCUCGUUCUGUUACAAAGUCAUAAAGCACCAGAUGUUGCAGAUGCAGCUGCUUCGUUAUCGCCUGUGGGCGCCUUGAACGUUUCAAACCGGGGCACUGCUGACAACCAGUUCAAGUUUAAUCACAGCAGCCACAGCAACCAAGGCGGAGGCAAUAACGAAUCAGACAAUGAAAUAAACAUAACCAGCGAUGAUGACCAAGAAAAAGUGUUUGAAAUCACAAGCAGCAGGGAGCAUGUAAUAGCGCUCAACAGACAGAUAAGGGAGACUGGCAGUGUAAUAGCAAAGUCCCUGAGCAACAGCACUGCAGAGGAAUGUGCCUGCUAUAUCUGUGGAAGUAAACUAUCCCAAAAUAACCAGCAAAAAGUGUAUGUGCAGAAACAGGAGAGCAUCUCAAACCAGCCCUUUUUCCCCUUUCUGUGGCUCCACAGCCCGCCCCGAGGGGCCUUGCCUCUCAGCCCAGGUGGGAGCACCCUGGUAUGCGCUUGCUGCCAUUCCUCCCUCAUGCAGCAGUGGCAGGGCUUUGAGUUGGCUAAUGUGCCAGUUCUGCAACGCCUAUAUGUGGUCCCCUUGAACUCUGGCACUUCAGUUUUGGCAUCCAGAGACAGCGAGAACCACAAGCUGGAGAAAGCCACUGCUCGUGAAGCUUGCUACCUGUGUGGUGAAGAUUGCUGCAGAGAUCUUAAAGUGACCUGUUCCAAGGUUUUCAAUGGCAACCCAAGUACCAUGCACUUUCCCUUCAUAACUCUACUGCCAUGCCCUCCUAAUGCCAAAGCUGUUAAGAAUGGGAAAGUACACUGCUGUCAGACAUGCUUUAGCAUUUUAGAGGAUAUAUGGGUUACCUACAAAGCAUGUUUAAGUGAGGAGCUUAUCACCUCCGUUAAUAGCUUUUUGAGUCGGUACCACCAGGCUUUCACAGGGGCAGCAACCCACUCAAGCAGCCUGAGCCACCAGUCUUCCAGAAUGGGCCACACAUCGGUUUGUUACCUGUGCGGUGUAGAGCUACCAGCAGGAAGGGAGUUUCAGCUGAGUGUGAACCCACCAGGCAGGUGUGGAGAGAGGGAGCCUUUCUUCCCCUUUUUGACUGUCCAUCCUCCUGCACCCAUGUCCAAGCCUGCUGACUCCACUGGCCUGGUGUCCACCUGUGUGCUGUGUUACCAUGACCUGUUAAGCCAAUGGGUUCAGCAUGAAGGCCGAGGCAACCAGCCAACCAGCAGCCCAUGGUCCAGGCAGUACAGCGUGGACACUUUUGUUUGCUUCUUCUGCAGACAGCAGAAGAAAAGGUGCCUGGGCUUAAAAACAGUGCAAGUUGCACGGCUGCCUGUCUUUCUGUAUGCCCCUCGUGUGAGCAAUGCUCUGGUGGUGGAUGAUGGGAAAAAACUGACCAUUGGAUCUUGUGUGGAUUGUAAAGCUGUGGUAUUGGCUGGCCAAAACAUGAAGCAAAACUACCUAUUGGACAGCGUCUCUCCUCCUGGGAAACACAAACCUUCCUCCUCUGCCCUCGAGGUGGCGUCGGUGAGCAGGAAGCCCCCAGAGGCGGGUGUGUUCAACCCAGUGGGAGAGCCCAGUGAAGGAGUGAGGCCUGGGAGGUCAGGGGUCAACGUGGAUGCUCCCCCCCCCAUCACUUUGGAUGCAGAGAGUGCCGAUCACCAGCGUACAAGCAUGAGCCAUGAGCCAAAGUCACCUUCAUUAGGAAUGAUCUCAACCGCGACUCGGACCACCGCCACAGUGAGCCCCCUGACCCCGUCCCCUCUCAGCGGCUCCAUUGUGCCCAAUGGCAGCCCUGCCGCCAACAGCGCUCUGUCCGUGCAGUCGGCGCAUUCCUCCAGCUUCGCCGCCGCGCUCCGCAAACUCGCCAAACAAGCCGAAGAGCCAAGAGGGUCGUCGAUUAGCAGUGAGUCUUCCCCGGUCUCGUCUCCAGCCACCAAUCACAGCUCACCAGCCAGCACACCCAAGCGGGGACCCAUGGGUCCCAUCAUCGUACCCCAGGGGUGCCACAGCGUGCCAAGCACCCCUCCCGUGGUCACCAUCGCACCUACCAAAACAGUCAACGGGCUGUGGAGGAGCGAAGGCCGACAGGCGGAGUCAGGGUCCCGGGGAAGCAGUAGGGAUCGUCUAGGCCCAGAGCACUCCCAGCAGCAGGAGAAAGGGGGCCCCUCGGUUCCGGCCCACCUCAUCGGGAACCCAUACGCCUUCGGACUGAACCCCAACUCUGUUGUUCAGGACCCACGCUUCCAGCCUCUCAAUAGCCUCCCUCGGCAGGUGCAUCAUGUGGUCCCCCCUGCUAGCGUCCCCGAGGAUUACCUCCGCGGCUUCAGACCCUACCCCACACCCGAGGACCUCAGGAUGUCAUCGAUGCCACCCCUGGGCUUGGAUCCUGCCACUGCUGCCGCCUACUACCACCCCAGCUAUCUCGCCCACCCACCCUUCUCUGCAUAUAGGAUGGAUGACUCGUUCUGUCUGUCAGCCCUGAGGUCUCCCUUCUACCCAAUGCCAGCACCAGGCUCAAUGCCCCCCAUGCACCCUUCAGCGGUCCACAUGCACCUGCCUGGAGUGAGAUACCCUGGAGAACUGUCCCACUCCUCCUUGUCCGCACUGCAGUCCGAGCGCAUCUCUGAGAGGCUCCAGAUGGAGGAUGAGCUGCGGCAUCGUGAGAGGGAGCGUGAGAGAGAACGGGAGAGGGAGCGGGAGAAGGAGAGAGAGCGCGAGGUGGAGCGGGAGAAGGAGAGAGAGCGAGAGCGUGAGAGGGAGAGAGAGAAGGAGCUGGAGAGAGAGCGGGAGAAGGAGAGGGAGCGAGAGAGGGAGCGUGAGAGGGAGAAGGAGCGGGCUCGGGAGAAAGAGCUGCAGGCCUCCAAAGCCCUUGAGAACCACUAUCUGGCCGAGCUGCACGCCCUGCGGGGCCAGCCAGCCGAGGACCGAGCCAAACCAGCGGAAAGACUGACGCCAAACCGGCCCGAUAAAGCCAAGGAACCUGCACUGCCUGCACCCAAGCCAGUGCAGCCAGGUGUCCACCCGGCGCCCAUCCCUUCGUCCCACCUCUCCGUGCCCAGCCUCAUCUCCAGCCACAGCGGCUUCCUGCCACACGCCGGGGUACCAGGACUGGUAGGUGGUCCUGCGGGGGCCCUGGCAACGGCCUUGCUCCUGCAACGCACCAACGAGGAGGAGAAGUGGCUGGCCAGGCAGAGGAAGAUGCGGCAGGAGAAGGAGGACCGCCAGUUCCAGGUGUCCGAGUUCCGCCAGCAGGUCCUGGAGCAGCACCUAGACAUUGGGAGACCACCUGAGGGGGACCCGUGGAGUGAUGGCCACCGACCUGUCCAUGAAUCAAUGAUGCGGGAACAUCUUCAGCAUUUGGGGGCCCCACCGCCUCUCAUCUCUCCCAAACCCCAGCACCCUCCUCCCUCCACCACGCUGUGGAAUCCUGCCUCUUUCGUCGACAGCAACCCUGAGCGUCAUCGGGCCCAUGAGCCUCUGCACCCUGGUCACUAUGAGCACGCCCGGCAGGCCCUGUCCCUGGUGAAGGGGGAGAGGCUGUACAGCUCCGAGAAGCUAGACGAGAGUGCCAAGAGGAAGGAGGUGACAGAGAAGUACCAGCCCACCCGGGGGCCAGGCACCCAUGAGCAGGGGGGGCAUUCCUAUGGCACCUUCUUAGCAGAGCUGGAGAAAUCUGCACAGACCAUCCUGAACCAGCAGAGGGCGUCCCUGUCGCUGCCCAGUCAGUACAGCGAGCUGAGUGCCUCACACAAGGCCGGCUCCUCUCCCUACAGGAACCACCAGGUGGCGUCGCGAGGCCCUGACCCCAUGCUGGUCUAUGAUGAGUUCAUGCAGCAGCACCGCAGGCUGGUCAGCAAGCUAGACCUGGAGGAGAGGAGGAGGAGAGAGGCCAGGGAGAAAGGUCCCAGUGAUUCAACACCAGCAACAGAAGUGUCUCCUGUCCUGGGCUAUUACUACGACUUGGAUGACUCCUAUGAUGAAAGCGAUGAGGAGGAGGUGCGAGCUCACCUUCAACGAGUCGCCGAGCAGCCGCCACUCAAGCUCGACGAAUCCUCCGAGAAGACUGGCUUCUUGCAGGUGUUUGGUCUGACGACUCGCUCUCACAAGGAGGAGCUGCUGGAGCAGAAAAGGCGGAAGAGGAGGAGGAUGCUGAGAGAACGAAGCCCCUCCCCACCGGCUGUCCAGAAUAAGCGGCAGACCCCUCCACCGCCUCCUCUCAGCACGCGCUACACCGCUGACCAGAUGAACUGCAGCGCGGAGCUCGAGGAGAAGAAGAGAUUCCUCACCAUGUUCAGCCUGUCGCACAUUAACACCCACCAGAGAAAAGACAAUAAAAAAGUGGUGGAGCUGCUGCAAGCAAUAAAACAGAAGAGUGGGACUCUGGAUUCCAUCAAGCACUCCCCUCACACCCUCUGUAAGAGCCCUGCAGCUCCUUCCACCGUGGACCAGACAACAUUUCACCCACUCUCAGACUCUGAGAUGCUGCCCAGCGCCACAGCAAGCACUCCCUCCCUUCUCGAUACCCAGAAAGCCAUGGACACUAGCAGGCCAGAGCAUCUCCGACUGUCCGAAGUGCCCAGACCAAAGGAAGCAGUGGCAGCCGCAGCAGUACCUACCUUCCCUGGCGGGGAUAAGGCCAGGCUGGGUGAGGGCCAUGCUGUGAAGAACACCAGCCUCCUGAACAGCAUCCGGGCUCAGAAUGCACCCAAGGAGGCCCCCCUCAGCCAGAACGGCAGGAGCAAACCCUGGGAGAGCUUCACAGCAGAGGAGUUUGCCCACCAGUUCCAUGAGUCAGUGCUGCAGUCCACACAGAAGGCCUUGCAGAAACACCAAGGAUCCGCAGCAGGGCAGGUAGCCGAGCCAAAUCACAAGCUGGACUCUUUGGUCCAUUACAACAUUCCUGAGCUGCAGUCUUCUGUCAGGGCACCCCAUCCGCAGCACAACGGACAGCACAAUACCACUGCGGCACGGAAUGUGGUGCGGGAGGAAGAGUCCGAGGAGGAAGAGGAGACGGAAGAGGAGGAGGAGGAGGAGGAAGAGGACGAAGCUCCUCGACCAAAAUGGCAGGGAAUCGAAGCCAUCUUCGAGGCUUACCAGGAAUACAUUGAUGAGCACAGUAUCGAGCGGCAGGUGCUGCAGACCCAGUGCAGGAGGCUGGAGGCUCAUCACUACAAUCUCAGUCUAACUGCAGAGCAGCUCUCACACAGCAUGGGGGAGCUCAUGUCCCAGAAACAAAAGCUGGCCUCUGAAAGGGAGAAGCUUCAGGCUGAACUGGACCACUUACGAAAGUGCCUUGCACAACCACAGAUGCACUGGUCAAGGGGAUACUUCAAGGGAUACCCCCCCAGGUGACAUCCCUCCUACCCUGGGACCCCAGAGUAGCAAAAGAGAAUCUAUUUUAUUACCUGGAUUAUUUAAAGAACAUUUCCACAGCGAAGGACUGAAGCUACAAGAACUCGUGAAUGUGCCAUGCAUGAGAAAGACACUCCACAACUGAGUAUUAACCAGCAGAUCUGAACACACCUUUAGUAACAGGAAAUACUACAGUUAAGAAAAAUCUAAUCUCUAUGUGAAACUACCUUCUCAAAAUGCUUGCAUCCAAAUGUGUCAACAUUCGCCCUGUGUCACAUGACAUUGAGCCUAUUGGAUACAAGUAUGUCCUGCUUUUUUUUGUUGCCAUAGUAGCCCAGUAGAAAGAGGCCUAGAUGGAUUUGGUUCUAGAGGAUUAAAACUUGGUACAAUGCAACAAAGUAAAAGAAAUGGAUAUAUUUGAAAACACUUGAAGACAACCACCCCUAGCUUCUCUCUGGUAAAUUAAUAUAAUACUAUAAUACUUGAGACUUUCAUAUUCUCCAAAUGGGCUUUCCACUGGAAAUGCACUAAAGAAACAACUGAAGAAUACAAUUGAGUUACUGUGUUACAAGCAACAUCUUUUGAAGGAAUACGUGUGCAUUUUGGAAAGAUUAAAAAAAACAAAAAAAACA